AUGUGCCGCUUUCUGUCAGAAGAAGAAUGUAUUGACCAUGAUGAAGCUAUGGGACAGCAUGUGCAGUCUCACAGAAGAAUCCAACAACAAGUGAGAUUGAGCCCAAAGCUGGGAAAGAUUAAUGUCCUUGUUGUUUUGGCAAGAUUCACAGAUCACACUGACAGGGAUAUGAUCCCUGUUCGGGACAUCCGAACGUUUUGGCUCGUCAACAUGAGAGAUUGGUUCCGAGCCAAUUCACAGGGGCGCUAUGAUAUUGAACCCACAGUCAUUGACUGGCAAACAACAGACAACACAGAACUGUACUAUUCCAUGGGAAGAAGAGGGAUUGUGCCAGAAUCACAGCAGAUCGCAUGGCCAAUCCUUAGUGAGCUAGAUGCAAGACCGGGUUGGGACUGGAGCAAGUUUGAUGCAGAUGGCAAUGGAGAAAUUGAUUCAUUUGUCAUCAUGCACAGUGGCUACGGAGCAGAGACUUUUGAAACAGACUGUUAUGAUGCAACCUAUGAGAACAGAAUCUGGGCUCACGCUUUCAGUGCUUCAAGGAGGAGGGAUUCCUGGUUCUCAGCAGACAGGAAAAUUCGACUCAAUACAUACACAGUGUCCUCAGCGUUCGAUGCUGAGUGUGGGACAGUGCCAGCAAAAAUUGGCUUGACAGCACAUGAGUACAUGCACACUCUAGGACUUGAGGAUCUCUAUGAUGGUGUUGAUGCUUUGGCUGCAUCAGGUGUUGGUGCCUUUGACAUCAUGGCUUUUCCGUUAAGUCCAGCUGAUGAUGCAAAUAAUCCUGGUCAUCUAUCCCCUUGGAGCAAGGUGCUGGCAGAUUGGCUAGAACCAGUAGAAAUCACCAGUGAUGGCAUGUACAACUUGAAGGCUGCAGAAUUAUCAGAUGAAGCAUAUAGGAUCAAUCUCAAUGAUUUUGGAUCUCAAUCAGAAUAUUUGUUGAUUGAGAAUAGGCAGCCACUGUUGUUUGACAUCCACAUUUGGGGAGCUGGUCUUGUUAUUUACAAUAUUGAUGAUGCGGCGCCACUGCAAAAGAACCGGGGAUAUCCAGGUCAACCUGGCUGGCCGCAAAAUGGAAAUCACUAUCAGGUUGCAGUGCUUCAAAAGGAUGGCAAUUAUGAUCUCGAACAGGGAGAGAACAGUGGAGAUGCUGGUGACAUGUGGAUGCCUGGAGACACACUGGGCCCAGGAAAGGGAGGCUCAGUUUACCCCAACACUGACAGCUACCAGGGUGGAUUUAUUUCUGAGAGUGGGAUUUCAAUCAAAGUCCUCUCCCAAACUGGUACAGAUGUCACAUUUCAAGUGGGUGGACUUGGCGGAGGCAGCGCAGAAUCAAUCACUGAACAACCAACUGCAGCACCGACCUCAUCACCAACCUCACCACCGACCAACACCCCAACAGAAAAUCCAACCAAAACUCCAACCAAGUCCCCAACAAAAAGUCCAACCAGCUCCCCAACAAAAACACCUACAUCUUCACCAACCAAACCCCCAACAAUAUCACCCACCAUCACCACAACAUCAUCCCCAACAGCAUCCCCAACAGCACAACCAAACAAAGCACCAACAUUAUCACCAACAACAGCACAACCAACAGCACAACCAACAGCACAACCAAACAAAGCUCCAACAGCCUUGCCCACAGUAGCACCAACUGUCUCACCCACGACAGCUCCAACCGGCAUCCCCACCAAGACGCCGUCCAAAAUGCAAACAGUGGCGCCAUCAAUAUCCCCCAUUGUAAACACUGAUAAACCGACAGCAAACCCAACACUCCUUCCAAGCAUUUAUACGAACAAUCCAACAGAAAGCCCGACUUUGGAGCCGACCAUGAUGGAACCAUUGCUCUUUCCCACUUUGGAAUUCCCCAAUGUUCCCCCUUUUGUUUCUUUCAGUCCUUCUUUUGUGCCUUCCAGUACAGAGACGACCCCCGGGCCCAGCGAACCAACAACAAGUGCGAUAUCCCCUACCUUACACCCGUCCGGGGGUCCAACCAAGCCGACUCCAUCGGAUUCCUACUUGGAAAUGUUUGACUAUGUCCAAAUUCCAUCCUCUCGCCCAUACCUGCCAACCAUUCCGCGACCGCCAGCAUAUUUACCUUCGUUCAAUGGUCUCAAGCCGUCAAUAGCAGUCGCCACGAAGCCCUCGUCGUCUCCAGUGUAUCUGGCAAACUUUGACUCCCUGACAGGGCAGAACGUUGCGGAGGAUGUAUCCCUUGUCAGCAAAACGAAGAGUUCCAGCGAGGCGAGUGGCCAGACCACAACCGACCAGGAAUCCACACCAAAUCUAUAG